GCUGCUGAUGAUUUGACAGUAGGGAGUUGACGGAAGAAAAGUGUUAGUCAGACUCAUCAAGUGGAGUGAAAAACAAUAAUUGCAAUUUUCUAAAUUCAAUAGACUUUUGAAAAAAAUAGUAAAAAAUGGACAAUUUUGCCGACACUUUUGGUGGGCCACCGGAACCCCCGGUGGAGGAUUUUGACGGGGACGGGAACAAUCUCGAGGCAGAUCCAGCCGCAGAAUUUUUAGCUAGAGAACAAGAAGAAUUGGCCGGGUUGGAGGAUGACGAUGACAUUAAACCUGUCGUCACAAAUGGGCUUUCAUCAGAAUUUGAAACUUCUCGAAGAAGUCCGUCGCCUGUUUUUAACGAGGCCCCACAGAGAGAAAGACCUCCACGUGAGGAGCCAGAAAAAAUCAAAAGGUGGCGAGAAGAACAGCAAGGGCGGUUACAAAAGAAAGAUGAAGACGAGGAGAAAAAGAAAGCGGAAAUGAAGGAGGCAGCCAGAAAAGAAUUGGACGAAUGGUACAAGACCCAUGAUGAACAAGUGGUCAAAACUAGAAAUGCAAACAGGGAAGCGUCAAAGAGUGCCGAGAAAGAACUUGUGGCUGACACAGAACCAAUGGCGCCUGGAACGGAGUGGGAGAGAAUCGCGAAAUUGUGCGACUUUAAUCCUAAAGCUAGUAAACAUACAAAAGACAUUUCUCGUAUGCGUUCCAUCAUCCUCCAAGUGAAGCAAGCUCCUCCAAUGAAACCCUUAAACUAACUGCUUAAAAAUAUACAGUACAUUCAAAACAACAGUUAUGAAAAUCAGUUCAGUGCUGCUGUUGGUUGGAUGAAUUAUAUGCAUUAUGCACGAGUAAAUGUCCAGAGAAAGAGGGAGAUAGAGUAAAAAGGAGGCGUAAUCCACACCAAAACUAGGUACUAUAUUUAUUGUUUAAGUCACGUAUUGUAAAUCUUUUUUAGUGAAACUAUACUACUGGUAAAGUCAGUGUGUGUAAUUGAAUGAGUGUCUUGAUUUGAGUGACAGUUUGUAAGAGUACAUGGUUCAUCAAAUCAUUGAAAUUAAUAAAUAAUCAACAAUGAAAUGAGAAUUUA